CUCAUGUUUACUUUUCACCGACUGUCAUGUCAAGAUAAAACUUUUUGAUAUUUGGUUUGAGUGGAUGCGAUUUUAGUCAUGGAGCCAACCGAGAAUUUUGCAACUGCAGACCAUACUGCGUCUACUGCGUCCACUACAAUCUCGACUACAGCGACUCAAGGACAGGCCUAUGAUGCGCCGCGUAAUGAUUCCACGGCUUCGGAGAGCUCACUCACGAAUGUCACGAAUAGUAUCGCUAGUGUCGCGGGAAAUUCGAUCAACGAGGCUAAGAACAAACUCACAACUGCGGCCACCAAUGAGUCCGUGCAGAACGUUUGGGAGCAGGUUCGCUCGAUGGCUACCGGAAGUAAAAACGAAACCCAAGAAGUUGAUACCUCACCCAGCCAGGACGAGAUCGACCUUAUUGACAAGAUGGACAACGAGAAGAUUGCCGAGUUCCUCCGAGAAAAGAAUAGAAGCGAUGCUCGUCUACCAAGGAGAAGAUAGUGGCUUAUGUGUCAACUUUAUGAGUAACGUCAAUCUCACAGAAGAACCGCAUUGAAAGAGAAACAGCCA